CCUCGACUCUGGUCGCGGUCUGGAAUCGAGGCUAGCCAUGUGACAGAUCAGAAGAACAAAGAGGAGGAUAUGGAUGGCAACAGUACUGAUCUCUAGCAAGCUAGCUCUCUGUAUUGAAAUGGGCUCUGCACUGCAGAGUUAGCUGAACUUAAUAUCGGUGCAGCGUUCCUAUACUACUAAUGGAGUUGACUUCCUCUUCGUGGGUGGUGGUGCCUCAGGGCUGGCAGAGGGAGCUGGAGGGGACCAUCAUCUACUACCUCAGUCCUGACAAUCGCAAGCUCUCCUCUCUGGAGGAAGUCAUCACUCACCUAGUCUCAGAGGGUACCUGCAAAUGUGGCCUUCGAUGUCCCGUAGACGUGAAAAAACUGUUCGACUUUGACCCCGAUAAAAUACCUCUACCUGACCACGACGAAAAUGUACUGCCCGAACACUCGCACUGCAAAAAAGAUCGACGGCCAAAGUUUCGUAAAUUUUCAAUGAAGUCUCAAAAGGCAGUUACUCCUGACAAAGCAGGUGCUAAAACUGAUGCUGUUUCUCCAGAGUUAAGUGCAAGUACUCCGCCUAAAAAAUCUGUCGGUGUGAAACGAACUAUGUCCUUUGCACUCCUUCCUGAAGUAAGAGUCAGUAAAAAGUUGAAGUUUGCACCAAAAACAUUUACAGUCACUUCCUCUAGUAAAAUUGACGGGAAUAAAAAGAAACGAAGGUGGUCUUCAGGCAGAAUGAAGUUGAAAAAUUCAUGCCAAUCAUCUGAAGAGGACGAAGUAUCAAAAACGAAAAAACUGAUGUCACUUUUGAAAAAAACAAAUAUCACCCUCAGUACAGAUAUUCCCGGCAAGUCAGCGAACAAACAGAUGGAGUUAGCGCUUAAAUCACCCCCUACAAAUUCUGCAAGUGGUGGUGGUUUUGUACGGUCAAGGUCCCAGAGUGGGUAUUGCAAUGUACAGGAGAUCCUCAAGCAGGCCAAACUGAGUUUGUCUAGAGAGAGUAUUCAAAACCCUAUGCUAAUUGAAGAACCACUGCCACUGACGCACAACUCAAACAGUGUCUCGGAGAAGUCGUCUGCACCUUCUACUAAUAGUAAAGAAAAAUUAGUCAGCAACUCGAGCAAGAGUGGCAGCAACCAAGUUACACCAAGUCCUGAGGAAACCCUUCUCUCUCCUAUUAUAGCGUUAUUAAAAACUAAUACAAAUAUUUCAUCUGAGACCCAAAAACACGUUCCAAAUAAUGCCAGUUCCACGAAGGGAACAAAGAUACGUGUAAGAAAUCCAUUCCAGAAGUCCAAAAAUGUGACCGCAACGACUAAAUCUGACUGUAAAGAUUCUGAUGUUGAUAUAAAAACUAUGAUGUGUAUUGACGAAGGAACAACUACCACUGUACUCUCAGAGAGCUGCAACCAAGCAACUAUCAACCACAGUAAUCUCAAUGAAAAUCAAUCUGCUGAAAAUACAUCUUCUCCUAUGAGCGUACAGCAUGUUGAAAAUAUGAACUUCUUGCUAUCCAAACAACCUUUUCCCACCAUCACUGAUCCCCGUGACGAUGAACUCGGAUACCUCAUGGACCAACUUCUCCCAGAUCCUAUGGAUGAUAUAACGACGAUGGACUUGGGGGGAGGUGCUCCCGUAGAGAGCGGAGGGAAUCAUUUACCACCAACUCUGCUAACAACUGAAGUUGAAACAAAUGGAAUUACGCAAUUAUUUAAUGGGAAAACAGUGUCUGAAACUUUUGAUGGAAACAUGCUAGCGUUGCUUGAAGAAACUUCUUCAUUUAAACUUCCUUCCUCUCAAGAACUUUCCAAAUUGAUGCAAAAUGCAAUGGAAUUAGCCGAUGAUACUUCUCAAGUUGCCAUGCCUACCAACGACAAUGCAAGUAAAGCCUGUUCCGUUCGUUCUUCUACAUCCCCACUUGACUCACCAUGCCUUGGGAUUGGAGAUCAAAAUUGUUUGCCUAACUCUCAAAAAAUUGAAGCAGACCCUGACCCACUCGAAAAGGUCACAACGUUGCUCCAUGCUGAAUUGAGUUCAAACGUUCAAGAUCUCAAUAGAAGCACUGAGCACAGUAUUUGUGAUAAUGAUGACGGCACUUCUCAGAAUGAGUCCGCUGAAAACAAACUAUAUUCCCUGAAGUCAGGUGCAAGUACUCCAUCUUCACCUGGUGGCAUUGCCGGCCAAGAAGACAUCGAUGACGUUAGAAUUCAAGAAACCGAACACACUACAAUACAGAACAAUGGUAUGCUAAAGUCAGAUGAUGAGGAGUCAAUAACAGACAAUUUGUGCAAAGCUGACUCAGCAAAUUCUCCGGAGCUCUCUGGACAUGAUGAUAUUAUGCCACAAUCCAAUGCCGUCUGUUUCGAUAGCUUGAAGCCCUCACAAGUCAACCCUACAAAUACAAAAUCUGAGGCAACCAUUCCCGAUCUUGAACCACCUUCUCUGGACACAAUAUUGAACACCAACUCUUCAUUAUCGAAUAUUCAGCCCUGCGCGAACUCAAAUUCCAACAACCAUGAAAUGCAGUCACCUAAACAGCACUCCACCGAUCCUGUCAUUAUCUCUGAUCAGUCUAUAGACUCACAAUCUGAGGGGUUCAGGGAAACGUUGCAGCCAUCUGAAGACCAAUCCCUUACUAAUCCAUUGAUGGACACCAUACCAUCCGAAGACCAAGACUCACAAGCCACUACCAAUCCAUCGAUGGACAAACCAUCUGAAAACCAAGACUCAUACCAUCCAUUGAUGGACAAACCAUCUGAAGACCAAGACUCACAAUCUCCAUCAAUGGACACUAUACCAUCCGAAGACCAAGCCACUACCAAUCCAUCGAUGGACAAACCAUCUGAAGACCAAGACUCACACCAUCCAUUGAUGGACAAACCAUCUGAAAACCAAGACUCACAAUCUCCAUCAAUGGACACUAUACCAUCCGAAGACCAAGCCACUACCAAUCCAUCGAUAGACAAACCAUCUAAAGACCAAGACUCACACCAUCCAUCGAUGGACAAACCAUCUGAAGACCAAGACUCACAAUCUCCAUCAAUGGACACUAUACAAUCCGAAGACCAAGCCACUACCAAUCCAUCGAUGGACAAACCAUCUGAAGACCAAGACUCACACCAUCCAUCGAUUGACAAACCAUCUGAAGACCAAGACUCACAAUCUCCAUCAAUGGACACUAUACCAUCCGAAGACCAAGCCACUACCAAUCCAUCGAUGGACACCAUACCGUCUGAAGACCAAGACUCACAAGCCACUACCAAUCCAUCGAUGGACAAACCAUCUGAAGACCAAGAAUCACAAUCCCUUACUAAUCCAUUGAUGGACACCAUACCAUCCGAAGACCAAGACUCACAAGCCACUACCAAUCCAUCGAUGGACAAACCAUCUGAAGACCAAGACUCACACAAUCCAUUGAUGGACUUACCAUCUGAAGACCAAGACUCACAAGUACCUACCAAUCCAUCGAUGGACACCACACCAUCCGAAGACCAAGACUCACAAGCCACUACCAAUCCAUCGAUGGACAAACCAUCUGAAGACCAAGACUCACACAAUCCAUUGAUGGACAAACCAUCUGAAGACCAAGACUCACAAUCUCCAUCAAUGGACACUAUACUAUCUGAAGACCAACACUCAAACAAUCCAUUGAUGGACGUACCGUCUGAAGACCAAGACUCACAAGCCCCUACCAAUCCAUCGAUGGACACCAUACCAUCUGAAGACCAAGACUCACAAGCUCCUACCAAUCCAUCGAUGGACACUAUACCGUCUGAAGACCAAGGCUCACAAGCCCCUACCAAUCCAUCGAUUAGCACCUUUUUAGUGGAGCAGUUUCUCGGUGAUGACCAGCAAUCAGGCUCUUCCGUUCUUACCCGCUCUGCUCAGUUAAAAAGUGCGGAUAGUUUCAGCAAACCUGCUCUAGGGUUUUCUCCGCUCGUGACUGACAAUGAACUCGGUGUCUCACACUCUACCUCUGCUUCAUUAAAGUCUAGCGUGAAACUCGAAAAUGGACAAACAAACGAACCACCUGAAACCACAGAUUUAAUCAACGGCUCAGGUACAAAGACAAACACUGAGAAAACCAUGGUUGAUCAUAAAGACGAUCCUUUUCUGCUAGAUUUUGAGGAAGGUUUUGAUUCGUUGUCAAACUUAAAUUUCCGCAAAUUGUACCCGACUCGUUCCAAGUCUCGCCCGGCCUCCAAUCAUGCUCUCUCCUUAAGCAAGGUUCUGGGUAAGCGAGGGAGGUCAGUUCCUAUGGAACUAAAGUCCCCCUUCAGUGAGACGAGCAGUGUGGGUGACAGUGUGUUCGAGGAGAAGAAGUGCGAUGCACCUAAGAGAGGGAAGAGGAAGAAUUUAACUGAGAGCAGACCCUCCAGGAAGGUCAAAGUGUCUACUCCUCACUCCUCCACCACCAGUGCACCUGAUCUGGAGCCCUCUACCGCCCCCGACACACCCACGGAGCCCUCUACCGCCCCCGACACACCCACAAUGGUGGGGGACAUUGUAUGGGCGAAAGCGUCCCAGCUUCCCGGAUGGCCUGGCCGGAUAAUUUCUCACAAGAAGAGGCGAGGGAUGGGAACACCACCAGAGAACAUGGUAUGGGUAGAAUGGUUCGGUAGUGGGUCCACCGUCAGUAUGGUGGAUGUGGCUAAUGUGAGGCCUCUGGAAGAGGGUGUCAAAACCAGAGGGGCAUUCAAGAACAAGAAAAAGAAAAAAUUGGAAAAAGCAAUAAGUCUGGCUCGAAAGGCUUUACAAGCCAAAUAAAUUGAAGCUGCCUGAUGUUCGUUUUUUUUCAGAUGCAAACGUUGUCUGUUCCCUGUGUCUUUAUUUAUCCUUUGUAGCAGGUUAUUUUAUGUGGCUAUGCAACAUGUAUACUUUAUAUUAUAAGCUAAUAGUGUACGUGGUUUGUGUGCA